UAAAAGCAUUUCUUGAUAAAAGAAAAUAACAUUGAAAAUCACUUGCCCAGCAACUGCGAACAACCCGUCAGUUUUUGUAUAACUCCUACGAGUUACUAAGAGACUUUUCCCAGCGUAAGGACAUUUUCGUGGACAUUAUCGGCGAUCAGCAAAAGCUUGGCGAAAAACCCAUUAUAUAUACAACUGAUUGCUUAAUUUCGAACUGGGCUGCUAAGGACUGCAGUCCCAUUAGGACCAUGACAGAGCGAGAAUGCGAAAAUCAGCAAAGGAGCCCGAUGCAGCCAUCUAUGCUUGGGUCGCCGGUGUGUAGCGAUACAGAGACAUGUACGAGUCAAUCGCCAACCCAGGAUAAGUACAGCGUGCUGGCCCUCGAGAGACAGAACUUGGAGCGAUACCUCAACCUCAUCCGCAGUCAAUGCCACAAAAAGGCAAGUCCACUCAAAUCGCAUUUGAGCCAGAGCUCCCACACACCGACUUGUGAGAUUGGGAAUCCCGAGUUGCCUUCUGGAUCAUCAUCUCAAGAAGAGGAUAUGAUUGAAACCAUUGAUCAACACCUCUGCAAUGACCGCGUAGUCAAAUUGAAUUGUUCUCCGAAGAUCUCCUUGGAGGUAAGGGAGCAACCGAAACUUCCACCGGCACCAUUGGCCCUCAAACGGCCCCUGCAACGUCGGUCUACCAUCAGCAUCAUCUUGGGGGAUGACUACGUAGAAGAUUUCAGGCAGAGGUCAGCGAAAAAGUGCUUGGAUAAAGAAAAACUUUUGGAACCAGCAUUUUACAAAGCUAAACACGCCAAAAAAGCACGUGUUUCGUGUGGUUUGCACAGGAAAUUAGGCAUUGACCAAAAUAAGAAGAAUGGAAAGGAAAAUAUCGAAUUUAUUCCACUGAGCAAAGAGCAUCUGAAGCGUUUAAUAGAACUAGCUGAGGGUGACUGUCUUCAGGUGCUUGUGACCAAGUUUAAUCUUAACAUCCAACGCAGCGAAAUUCAAAUCCUUUUGAAUUUCCGAUGGCUUAACGAUGUGAUAAUCAACUUCUAUAUGAACUUAUUGACCGAGCGCUCGGAGAAGUGUGUUGGCCAGCUGCCCAGCGUGUAUGCCAUGAACACCUUCUUUGUGCCACGCCUACUGCAGAGUGGCCAUGCGGGCGUAAAGCGUUGGACACGGAAGGUUGAUCUUUUUAGCAAGGACAUUAUUCCGGUGCCUGUGCAUUCCAACGGCGUUCACUGGUGCAUGGCCAUCAUCCAUAUGCGGGACAAAACUAUUCUAUACUACGAUUCAAUAGGCGGAGGCAACCAAAAAGUGCUGGACGCACUGGAGGCUUACCUGCAGCAGGAGUCGCUGGAUAAGCGCAAGCUAUCUUUUGACACCAGCGGCUUUCGAAUUGGAAAUGCCCUAAACGUGCCGCGACAGGAAAACAGCAGGGACUGCGGCGUUUUCGCCUGUAUGUUUGCUGAAUACCUGACGCGGGAUGCUCCAAUCACCUUCUCACAAGAUAACAUUGACUAUUUUCGAAGAAAGAUGGCCCUGGAGAUUUCCGGCGGCGAGCUGUGGUUGUAGGCUUUUAGUUAAAAUUGAAUUUAUAUUUA